AAGAGGUGUGGUUUCGAUGCGCAUUUAAAAGUUUCUGAGAGAAGCCAUCUGUUCACAGGACUUCUAAGCUUGUGUUAAAGACACUUGUCUGAAACUACACAGUCGCAAACAUGGUUCAGUGGACAGACUUUGAGUGCACCACUCUUCAGGACAUCUUCUCUAAAGUAGACCUCGAUGCUCUUGGUCAUCAGGCCUUGACCAGAUGCCUUGUCGUCUACCCCUGGACCCAGCGUUACUUCGGUAAGUUUGGAAACCUGUACAACGCCGCUGCCAUCCUGGGAAACCCAAUGGUUGCUGCUCACGGUAAAGUUGUGGUUGGUGGAUUGGUGAAAGCUUUGAAGAACUUGGACAACAUCAAAGAGACAUAUGCCGAAUUAAGUGUGCUGCACUCUGAGAAACUUCACGUAGAUCCUGACAACUUCAAUCUGUUGGCUGACUGCAUUACCAUUGUUGUCGCUGCACAACUGGGAGCUGCAUUCACCCCUGAUGUCCAGGCUGCUUUACAGAAGUUCCUCGCUGUUGUGAACGCCUCUCUUAGAAGACAAUACCACUAGAGACCAACAAUGCUUUGACUGAUAAACAGAGAAUCUGACAUCUGAUGUUUCAACAAAACAUUUUGU